ACAAAUCAGCUUUUUAUAGAAAAUGGAGAAAAUUGGGCAAUUGGGGACUAGAAACACGUUAGGGUUUUUGGAUAAAAUGCCUGUCAAAAGUACUGCGAGGACGGGAAAAACCCUCGGGACUCAUUCUUAACAAAAAGGUCUCCGAUCGGAUUCAACUCCCACGAAAAAGGUUUCGACGGUCCUCCUUCCAUUUCCACGACUGAAAACGCCGAUUUCCGGCGACAGUACCCCCUCCCAACUUCAUCAACUUCUUCUGUAUAUCGAAUACCAUAGUAGUUUGAGAGAACACGCGCCCGUUUAUUGUCGUUGGCCGUCACAUCUUCUUGCUAGUGACAGUUCCGUUUCGCAUUUGGAGCUGAACGACGUUAUUGAUUCUAUUUAGCGAGACAGGUGGUGGACCGGCGUCAUCGCAGGACCUGUAGAACACUGCCAUCACAUUCCAGAACUCUCCGGACGGAAUUCAUUUUUGAAUUCGGGUCAAGCGAAAAUGGGUUGAUGGCAAAUGGAUCCGACCCGAGGAGCAGCAAGAUCGAUCAUCGGGGUAGGCGUAAAGGUGGAAGUGUGGUUUGAGGAAGACGAUUUACGCGAUGCUUGGUUCCCUGCAACUGUAAUUGAAGACUUGGGAAACAAUCUAUUCCUUAUUGAAUACCAGUGUGAUGAGGCAGAGUUUCGUAAAGUCACAGUAGAUCAUCAUCACAUUCGCCCCUCAACCCCUCCGAUUAGGGAUACGAAUUUUGUUUUGUUAGAGAAGGUAGAUGCUUUUUAUGAUUUUGGCUGGUGGACUGGUGUAAUUACCAAAAAACUUGCUGAUAGUAGGUAUAUUGUGUAUUUUAAACACACAAACAAGGAGAGAGAAGUCAGUCACCUGGAAUUAAGGCUGCAUGUUGAGCAUGGUGAAUCAAGCUCUGUGAAGCGUAUCACUGAAGAGAGAUCAGGUGUUUUGUUAAACUUUACGGGUCCAAUUGACAAACAAACUUCCAUUGUAGCAUCAACAAUGAAGAGAACAAAGGUAACAAGUGCUGGCAGCAAUGAUAAACAUCUGAAGCCUUCUAAGAAGUUAAAGCCUGGAAUCACUUUUGAUGAUCAAACCCUAUCAGAUGUGGGAGGAAGUAAAGAAGCAAGCAACCCAACUGCAACUGAGAAUCUUUCUCGCAGAAAGAGAGUGCUUGUUAACCGAGAAAAGAAUAUCGAGUCGAGCAGUCCAGUGAUUACUUCUGCAAGAAAGAAGGGGAGAUCUGCAGCUGAUUCUAGAGGCGUGAAAGCUUUACCCCAAGGGGAGGUGAAAAUACAAACCCCAAAGAUUGUUGAGAAGGAGCAUGUUCCCAGAGAGUUUGGUCCUCCUGUUACAUGUGUUAUGGGUUUGCAAUGUAAAGCGCUGACUAUCUCACAAACCAAGAAUGUGAAGAAAAUCGUGGAGUCAGGUGUUCCAUUGACACCCAAGACAACAGGCAAUCAGGAGGAAAAGACAGCGGAUGGUGGCAUGAGUCUGAAGAGGAAGAGGGGAAGGCCAUUCAAAUCACAACCCAAGACACCCUUGGCAGUGACCCAUGAGAAUGGAGAUGCAGGGCAGCAGAAGAACACUCCACCAAUAGUCAAUAAUGCAGAAAAGCUGCCAAAUACUAAUACUACUGUCAUGUAUCAAUCAGUAAAAGGAAAACGAGGCAAACGAGGGAAGCGACGUAAAAUAAAAAGCAUAAACAUCGUAUCUCCAGCACAAGCACAAGGUGGUAAAGAUUCAUCAUCGAAACAGAAACAAAAAGCAAAUGAGAAUGGGGGUUCGGCUUCAGAAGUAGUUGUUGUUGAGAAAUCAGCAGACACAAUGUCAAUGUCAAUGUCAAUCUCAAUCUCGGAUGAUCAACCUCUGUCCAGGUGGAUCGAAGGGAUGCAGCAGCAGCAGCAGCCUUCAGCAUCUGUGAGGAAACAGAUUGAAAAGCCGUCGUUUGAGAAACGAAGCACGCUUUGGGCAACAUUGGAAUCGAUGGAACUGUUCCGGAUGAUUCCACAAAAGCCGCAUUUCCGUCCGCUGGAGAAGGAGAAGGAAUGCACGCGCGAAGGACAAGCCAUCAGCAAAAUGGUAAACUACCUGCGGGUGGUGGAGGCCACCUCACAGAUGAAACUGGAGAGCCCAAGAAGCGCGUAUGAGGAUAACAUGGAGGCGCUGCUGGAAUUGGAAUCCCAUGGAUUUGAUGUCAAGGCUGUGAGAGAGCGGUUGAACGGGUUGCUUAAGAUCAAAGAGAAGCAGGAAGGGCUGGAACAAGAGUCGAAGAAAGUGAAAGAGAAAAUGGAGGCGGAAAGGGUUGAAGGGGUGAGGAUGGAUAAGGAGAUUGAGUUGGUGGAUAAACAGGUGGUGGCACUGCUGGAGAAACGUGCACAGGUGUUGAAGAAGAAGGAGAAAAAGGAUGCACAGGUUGUUGUCUUGGAAGCUGAGGUGGAUGGGAUUCAUCAAGGGAUCGCUCAGGCUAGACGUAACUUUGAUGACUUGGCUGCUGCUUCUCUUUGUGUUUCCUCUAUAUGAUGAUGCUCCAUGCAAGAAGAAGAAAAAGCGUUGUGUUUUUUUUUUUCUUAAUGUGUUGUGGUUGUGUUAGGGGGGGAUUUUAUUUAAAUACUUAAUGUGAUGCUUAUUUUCCAGUUAGACUUUUAGCUGCUAAAUUAAAUACUUAAAUCACCCACCUUAACAUUCACUGUUUGGUUAGCAGGGAAAUGUUCGGUUUGGAAUUGUUAUUUAUUUAUUUUUCUUUUUUUUGCCA